GAUAAAUGGUGACUGAUUCUCAUGCUCGGUUAUUGUCUGCCUCCUAGCUGCAUAUGUUUUUUCACCUCGUGCUUGUGGCCAAGUGCAUGUCCAUCUGCAACGAAACGCUUAUUUUUAGCCUUGGCACCCAAUCUCCGGUGAUAAACGUGCACUGGCAUCCUGUAAUUAUAAGUACCGCGAGAAUUUUUCACUCUCUCGUACCUCAGUGGUUCAAAGGUAAGGGCUCAGAUAUAUUUAAACCGUUAAUCCAAGCGCAAACGCUCGGAAUUUACGAUCUGUUGUACGAAAAGCUCAACAUGUGACACUUAAAUGACGGUAUAUAAUAUCACCCGAUAAAUAAUUGUGUAGGAAAAACUUUCCCCAAAGGCCAGCAGUGUCAGUGGUACAACUCUGUCGCUAUCC